CUAUCCAAGAGAGAAGGUUGUCCAUGAGUUUCACGCUCACGUGCAACUCAAUGUCCGUAUGGAAUAUACAGCUGAAAUUAGAUUUCUAAUCUGACCAUUCACAUGAGAGCCAUUUCCAUGUUUUUCUCUCGGUUGGAGUCAUCGAAUUCCAAGGAGAACUGCGCCAAGGAUUUCAGUUGGAGAUACUUUUUCGAGUUUCAGCCGAAAUAGGUGAAUGUGUGUCUGGAAAUGUCGUUGGAUUUAUUUGCGCCAAACAACUGCUGAAGCGACAAAUCAUAGCCUUAAGCUUACCAGAAAUGUUUUUUUAUUUUUAUUUAUUCAAGUUAAAAGUGAAGUGCCUAUCGGGAUGAUUAGUAUGACACGGGAAAGAGACACUAUUGCAGCCUAACAUUAAACGAAAGAAAUUCAGCAAAAAUAGCAUUCUCUUCCUAAGUUCCAAGACAGACCGCAAAAACGCUAACCAUCACUUGGAGGCCACAUAGGCUCGAAGUUUGCUCAGCAAGUCUGUCUCACUAAGCAAUGAAAUCUCCCAUAUUUAACGGCGAUGUAAAACACUAGCUCUCAGAAUUCUUUUCAAUGCCCUAAACGUCAGGUGUUUGGGUCCGCUGCUGGAAAUUACACUGUCAUGGGCUAAAAUUGUCGAUAAAACAAAAAUGAAGAUAUUGUUCUUCUUGGGACUCAAACUUUGCUCAGCUGAAAUGUUCGUCUGAAACGUUGCUUGUGGAUGUUUGUCGUCACCUGAAUGUUAUGAGACCACAACACAUCGGACAGAAUAACAGUGGAGUUUUGGAAGUUCUCUGGGUCAUUUUACAGGUAGCUACAGACGGUAGCUCAACCUACGCCAUUCUCAGUCCUUCAAAAUCCACAGGCUCUUAAAGGAACCAUCAGUGAUACCGGACCUCAACAGGGAAUUACACACACACGAAUUCUGGACUACUGUUACGGAUCAUUACCAUUCAGCUUUAUGCAACAAUGUUGUUUUUCAACUUUGUAUUGCUGAUGCUAAAACUAACCGUGUCAACAGAAGGGCUUUCGACUUGUCAUUCAUUUGACUUGGACGACCAUAAGUCAAAACGCAUCGAAGCGGUGCGCGGACAAAUUUUGAGCAAACUCCGUAUCCGUUCACCGCCUGAAGCAGAGCCAAGUCCAACACCGACGGCAGUACCGCCAGAGGUAAUGUUACUCUACAACAGCACUAGAGAACUGCUGAAGGAGCGGGCACUCCAGGCAGACGCGUGCGACCGCGAAAGCAGUGAGGAGGAUUAUUACGCCAAAGAGGUACAGCGCGUGGAUAUGCAACCACCUGACUCAAACAUCAUCAACCCUACUCCACCAAGUCUAUUUUAUAGAGUGGUGGGCUUUGAUGUCACUAACAUAGAGCGAAACUCUAGUACAUUGGUAAAGGCAGAGUUCAGGAUCUACAGAAUUCCCAACCCCCAGGCUCGCGCAACCGAACAGAGGGUGGAGGUAUAUCAGCUGCUGAAGGCUGAUGUUGAGACAGCUCCCACACAGAGAUACAUUGACUCUCGGACAGUGCAUCCUCAAGAGAAAGGGGCGUGGAUGUCCAUUGAUGUCACAGAGACGGUCAAGGAAUGGUUGGCACACAGAGAAAGGAACCUUGGCCUGAAACUCAGUGUUCAUUGUCCUUGCUGUACAUUCGUUCCAUCCACAAACAAUAUUGUGCCCAACAAGAGUGAGGAGCUGGAGGCACGGUUUGCAGGCAUUGAUGAUGACUUUAGAAGACAAGGGCCCACAAAGGGUCAGAUUGAGUUUAGCACCAAGACCCCCCACCUUAUCCUCACCCUUCUCCCAACGGACAGAAUGGAGAACCCUGGGAAGAAAAACCGCAAGAGGCGGGCUGCUCCCGAUACCACCACAUGCUCUCGGAAUGCGGACCAGGGCUGUUGUCUGAGGUCCCUGUACAUUGAUUUUCGUCGGGACCUUAACUGGAAAUGGAUACAUGAACCAAAAGGAUACAAAGCCAACUUUUGCGCAGGAAACUGCCCCUACCUUUGGAGUGCUGACAAUCACUACAACAUGAUCCUGCCACUGUAUAAUAAACUGAAUCCCGAGGCGUCAGCCUCCCCUUGCUGUGUGCCCCAGGACCUGGAGCCCCUCACCAUCGUUUACUUCCUGGGCCGGACCCCUCGCGUGGAGCAGCUCUCCAACAUGGUGGUCAAGUCCUGCAAGUGUCGCUGAUCAUGUGAAAGGGGACAGAAAGAGGCAGACAGGCAGAGAGUGUGAAGAAGAGAGGAUAGUUUCUGGAGAUUAGUGAAGAAGGAAGCUAGAGACUCACAUGCCUUCAGUGUCUGGCAGGAUGCACAGAUUCUGCACAAAAAUGCACAAAUGUACCAAUGUUGUUUUGUCAUGGAGUGUAAAAUAUUCAUGAAUAGAAAGUAAAUAUCUAUAGUUGUAUGUUUGUUUGUGCUGUAACACCUUUGGGAGAUUAAGUAUUGAGUGUGCGUGUGGGCGAGUGUCUAUUUAUGCUUUUUUUUUUUUUUCUUAAACCAUGAUUGUACUUUGGCUUUGGGACUUCAUGUAUGUGUAUACCGUCUCUCACAGCUAAAUAACAAGUCUAGACUGCAAUGUGUAAAUUAAUGAAUAUUAAUCGUAUUUCUUUCUUUUUUCUGUAUCCAGAUUACAUUAGUCCCACUGUAGAAAGGGUUGUUUCUCCCUGUGGGAUAUACCUGUAUAGUAGGCAUAAUUAGAUGAUAUUAGGUAAGAGGUGAUAGAUGGAUAUUUUUUAGACCUCUUAUAUUCACAAUGUAAAUAGUUUCUAUGCAUUAAUUGUCAUGUUUUAUGAUUAGAGCAUUAAAAUUGGAUGAUUUUGAGAA